UGCGCCACAGCGCUGAAGACCGGACGGACGUAGGCUACAUUAGGACUGUUGACCGAUAACAUAGCCUACCUUAAUGUUGGGCUCGUGGGAAAUGAUGAAGUAGUCAGAUUCAGAAACGAUUUUAAUGAUAUCGUAUUCUGUAAAAGGACGGGAUCCUUUGUCAUUUAAAAGAGGUUGUGUCUUUAGCCUAAUCCUGCUCUGUUCAGGGUGCGAUUUUAAAAUUCAACUUUAUUUUAUUCAAUUUCCCAGUCUGGACUACCAGAAAUCAAGGCUGAUUUGUGGAUUAUCUAGACCAGAACUCAACGUAGCUGUAGCUGUUUGAAGGACCAUGGCUGUGUACUCUAGAGACCUGGAUCAAGCCUUGCCUUGACAACACUGUUUACAGUUAAACGUGAGAAAGACACAAACAUCACAUAACUCUCAGCACCAAUCAGGUGUUUCUGGUCCUGUGGCACAUUAAAUCACAGACUUCAUUAGAUAUCACCAUGCCAAUUCUCAAGCAGCUAACCUCGAACCAGUCCAAGCGUCGCUCCCGGGCCGACCUGACUGCAGAGAUGAUCAGCGCCCCUCUGGGGGACUUCAGACACACCAUGCAUGUGGGUCGUGGCGGGGAUGCCUUUGGGGACACCUCGUUCCUCAGUACCCGGUCUGGGGAGCCCCCUAAAGAACCAGUUCCAGAGGUCCAGCAGAGCUCCCCUGGACCUGUCCCCAAACCAGGCCUGCUGUCCCGAACCUUCAGGAGCAGCAAGCGCUCCCAGUCGGUGAACCGUGGCGACAUGUAUGAGAACAACUCGUUGGCACCCCCUGGUGGCUCGCCAAACUUUGUGAAGAACGCCAUCUCCCUGCCCUACCUCAAUGACGAGGACGUGGGCAGGAAGGGCGGCGGUCAACGGAUGCCCAAGAGCGUCUCCUCGAGCCCUCUGAAGAAGCUGCCCGAGGUCGAUGGAAUCAGCAAACCGGUCAACGGUGCCUCGGCCAUGGCGAUGCUGGACCUGGAGUUUGACGAGCGUAACUUUGGCGAACUGACUGACCUGCCGCCAUCACAUCCUCGGGGUGGCGGGAUGAAGCACGCGGAGUCCAUCAUGUCAUUCCACAUUGACCUGGGACCCUCCAUGCUGGGGGACAUCCUCAGCGUCAUGGAAAAGAAGGGCUGGGAUGAGGACGACUUGGGGUACGAGGAGGGGAAGGGCAGCGAGGGCCGCGGGUCACCCCCUUUCAGCCCUCCCACCACGGAGGAUGAGAUCGAGGACCAGGUGGAUCUACAGCCGGCAGUCAGGCCCCCACCCGCCUAUCCUCAGCAGAAGAUGAUGAAGAUCAUGACCGACCCCCCAUACACCCCUCCCACGAACUACCACCCCCACAGCCACCUGGACAGCUGCUCCGUGUCCUCCUCCGGCUCCGCCGCUCUUGAGGAGAAACCACUCCACCACCUGCAGGAGGGGGACACGGACAGCGCCAAGUACAGCUCUCCAGGGGCUGGGGGGGAGGACGACAAAGACUUCUCCUUCAUGGACGAGGAUGAUGAUGAGAUCAGGGUGUAAAACAGAACAGGGCUGUAACAUCACCACCACAGAACGAGUUUUGAAGCUAUAAUAAGCCUGGGAGGGGUAGGGAGCACCAUACAAAUCCCUAAAUUUUUUCAUAUGGAUAUAUCCUGAGAACCUCUAUACGGGGACACCCUGUUCUGCUAUACCUCCUGGAUGAGGAAUACGCACACACACCAUCUGUUAUUGAACCUUAUUUACUCCAGUGUGUGUGUGUGUGUUCCACAGUUUAAUGGAAAUAAAAAUGCCUGUCCCAUGAGUCCUUUUCUCCAGCCCAUUACAGAAUUGCAGUGUCGACCACUAACUCUCUCUCUCACACACACACACACUGCAACUCUGAGACACCAGUUAUUGGUGUGAGGGAUUCUUUUUGUAGAACUAUGAUCUGUCGUUAUGAUGAUCUAAUCCCACAGUUCCAAUGUCAUUAAAGUGUGUUUCUCCUUAUAAGGGGAUCAAUGAUCUCAACCCUCAUAUCCACUCAUUGACAGAGGUCACAGAGGUCGAAGCGUGAACUGUUGAUCACCCAGAGGGAGGUGUGAGGGUCAUGUGAGGUCACGGACUGAACUGUAUAUUUCCCACACUGCUUUGGAGGAAGGAAGAGGGAAAGGAUGUUAAAUGUAUCCCAGCAUCCUUUGGAGCCUUGAAUGGAUUGUAUGUGUGUGUGUGUGUGUGUGUGUGUGUUGAGUGAGGUGAGAUGCAGUUAAAAUAUUGGUUUGAUAAUGUUCAGAAGGUUAAAGAUGGCUUCUUCAAUGUUUACUACAUACAGAAUGGAUAAAAUGGUCUUCAGGUUCUUAAUCAAUGUCACAACUUGGUUGUUCAUUAUUUACAUUUCAGUCAUUUAGCAAACGCUCUUAUCCAGAGCGACUUACAGUUAGUGAGUGCAUAAAUUUUUCAUAC